AACACCCACUUCAGUCGUGAAAUAAAUUCAAACAUGAGCAUUGCUCACUUAAUAUAUUCGUUAUCAAUCGUGAUGACUUUAUUAUCAUCAUUAGCCCUCACAGACGCGUUUAAUGAUAUUUUAAUCAGUAAUUUAAGUGAAGAUAAACAAAUAACGCAGACGGUUAUGAAACAUUUGAAAGAAAUUCAUGAAACAUCACCUAUUUAUUUUAUCAUAGAUUCAAAGAUUAAUCCAGCUGUCACAAACAAACUUCUAAUUAACUAUAUCAUAAAAAGACCGAGUUUCUUAUUACUCGAUAACGAUUUGACCUCGAUAUUUAUAGAAAAUAGUUACGUAAAAAUCUAUCAUGCUGUAGCGAUUUACAGAAACAUUAACAAUGUUAAGCCCAGUGAGUUAAAAAAUUUAUUGAAUCAAUCAUGGAACUCGCGAGCAAAGUUUUUAAUAUGGAUAAUGGAGGCCGAAGGGCUAACGAUUGAAAAAGAUUUGGAAAAUGCUCUAGUAGAUUUUUGGUCUCUCGAUUGCCUUGAUGUGGUUUUUAUGAUAAAGAAAACCAAUUCGUCUGAUUACUGUGCAUUUACUUAUGAUCCUUUUGUGACUUCAAAUAACAAAGGAAAUGUUGUUGAGAUGAAACCCACAGAAUUUUUGUUUCCCAUUAAGCUCAAUAAUUUACAUCAGUAUCCAAUUUCGGUGUCAAUGUAUCAAGCUAAGCCGACGUCAGUUAAUUUAUCAAAUUUCACGUCUUUGAUCGGCGCUCGAGGUAUUGAUGUUGAAGCAAUAAGAUAUCUUUCAACGUGGAUCAAUUUUACGAUAGUACUUAAAAGUGCAGAUGUGUCAUUGUCUGGGUACUCGUUGAAGCUGCCAGACGGGACAGUUAUUGGUCCAAUUGGUGACAUUAUUCAAAGUCGAUCUGAAAUUUUGGGAAAUCCACAAAUAGUCAAUUCGGUGAUUGAUAGAGAUGUUGAAUUUCUAAGACCUUUUGGACGUUCAUCGAUGAUGAUUGCCGUUCCCAAAAGUGGUUACAUGCCAGGCAUUGCUAGAUUAUUUCGCACUGUUGACUAUUAUUUAACAGUAUCUAUUUUGGUGGCAUGGGUGUUUUUGAUGUUAUGUCUAUUCAUUAUUGGUAACCCUGAUCCAAUACUUGAAACCUUCAGGAUUAUAAUACAUCAGCACUGUCAUAAUAUAAGGGAUAGAGCGUCGGAACGUAUUUUUUUGAUAAGCUGGAUUAUAUGGGCUUUCAUUUUGGCAUCGGCGCAUCAAGUUUAUUUGAUGAAAGCACUUACUGAUCCUCCUUAUUAUCCGAAUAUUAACACCCUAGAUGAAUUCGUUGAGAGUGAUCUGACAGUUGUUCUUGAUCCCAUUGUCUACCAUUCAUUGAAUUAUUCAGAUUCAAUUUUAUACAGAAAAUUAAUUGAUAAAGCCGAAGAGGGAUUUAAUUUUGAUGCAUGCUUAAAGAGAUUAAUGAUCAGCGAACAAGUCGCUUGUGUUACAGAACAAUCAAUUAUUGACUACCAAGUGUUGACUUUGAAUAAGAAAGUUUUGUCGAAGAAAAGAAGAAACGCUAAAACUCAAGGGCAUAUUGUCAAAAGUCCUUUGUCUACUUUUUGGACAACUUUGGUUGUCAAAAAAGGAUUUCCUUACUUAGAUAAAUUCAAUCGAGGGUAUCAAAAUAUUAUUGAAUUUGGAUUGAUUACAAAAUGGCACAAUGACAUUACCCGAGGACUCUUCAGGCCACAGAACGAAUUUACGGGCCCUUUGAAUAUUGUCCACUUUGAAGGAAUCUUUAAUAUUCUUAUGAUUGGAAUCGGUAUUGCAUUAGUAGUUUUUGUCGGAGAAAUAGUUGUGAGUUAUAUUAAAUAUAAGACAAUGACAAAGUGAAACUAUCCAGAUUUUUAUCAUACAUUUUAAAAACGUAUACUAUUUUUUGGUAAUUUAUCUAUACAACAAUGAAUCAUUUUGUUGAUAGCCGAGUAUAAGCGGUAGUAUAGUAUUUAUCGGGCUGUCAUGGCCGUACCUCGUUCAAUAAUAUCACUAAAGUGAAAUGACGAAUCACAUUGGGCCAUCAGUUUACCGUAAAUCAUUCAAAAUUGGUGGUUAUUGUAUGGUCGAAUCCAUGUCACAUAUUGGAAUGACAGUAGCUAAACUGAACUUGCUUUUGACAGCUACGAAAAAAUUAUCUGAGGCGUCAUAAACACAUUUGUUAUUGUGGUUAUAAUAAUAGGUUGCAUUGAUAAUGGUGUUAUUGAUUGCACAAUUAUUAAUAGUAGUAAUACUAGUUGGAGUUAUUAAAGUGAUGAAAUAGAUAACUUAGUGAGUUAUUUAAACAGCUUUGAAUUUAAGCGGCAUAUUGAUUUAGUUUUUAAUAAAUAGGUUAUAACUUAUAACCAAUAAUUUCCCGUGCGGUUUUCACAAUGCUGUUUAAAUACCGUAGUGAUAAAAUAUAAAUACAGUAGAUAGCAAGUACACGGAAAGAAUUUUCGUAUGAAUAUUGCCAUGUUCAAUUUUUCAAUUUUUACUCGUAGGUUAUGAUAAAAAGUUGAUGACUCAACUUAUAAAAUUUACAUUGAAUUACAA